AAACGUCAUUCAACAAUCGAAUACUUCGCUACCAAGUACCAACUAGGUGUUUCCUGCGUAAAUCGUGUUUUCCUUUUGUAAUUUGUAUCAACCAGCAACCUUGUGCCUACUUCGUUAUUUUUGUUCUAUAUUUUCUUUUUGAGAGCGAGGUUCAUAAAAUUUCGUUACAGAAUAUAAAGUUUUGAAGGAGAAUAGACGUGACGAAUUGAAUAAAUACAACACAGUUACAAAAGAUACUUCGUGAAUCUUGCGACAUAUUAACAAAGCCAACAUGUCUCUGUAUCCCUCGUUGGAAGAUAUGAAAGUGGACAAGAUGGUCCGCGCACAAAUGGCUCAACACCAAGCACCACCAUCGUACCAUUCGACGUAUCAGCCAAUAACUGCUUCAGCCGCAACGGCCUCCCCCAGCGUUCCCAGACAUGUUUAUCCUGCGCUUGGAGAUUACAUGGGAUUGGAGCUCUCACAAGAUGUUAUUGCGGUCAACAUGCCUGAAUAUCAAGUACAAACCUUUCAACCUUCUGGUGCAUUAAGUAUGGUAGCGCCCAUCUCUUCUCAGUCUCCAAGCCUUUUAAAAGCGACUGUCACAAAUGGGAUCAGACAAAUCAUACUUUGUAAAGAUAGAGAUGGAAGGUGCGGCUUGAGGCUUCACUCUGUCAAUAAUGGAGUAUUUGUGUGUUAUGUUGCUGCGGGAAGUCCAGCUGCUUUGGCUGGGCUUAGAUUUGGUGACCAAAUUCUGGAGAUAAACAAUGUGACAAUGGCUGGAAUGACCAUGGACCAAUGCCAUGCCAUUCUGAAGAAGGCUCCUGUAAACGGGAUUACCAUGGCUGUUCGUGAUAGGCCUUUUGAGAGGACUGUGACUCUGCAUAAGGACUCUGUUGGACAUGUUGGAUUCCAAUUCAAAGAUGGAAAUAUUGUUGGAUUGGUAAAGGAUUCAUCUGCAGCAAGGAAUGGUUUACUGACUGACCAUCAAAUACUGGAAAUAAACACUGUUAAUGUUGUGGGUAUGAAAGAUAAGGACAUAUCAAAGGUGAUUGAUGCCAGCCCCUCAGUCGUAAACAUAACCAUUAUUCCACAAUAUAUUUACAAGCAUAUGAUAAGCAAGAUGUCAAGCUCAUUGUUCAAAGAACUGGACCGUACACCAGCUGUGUAAAAUUUAAAGAAGUUGGUAAAAUGUUUAUAAUUUAUGAAAUUGACAAGUAUUUCACAGAUGCACGAAUUAUAUAGUUUUAUAUUUAGCAGCACUUAUUUUGUACUUUAUCUUUGUUUAGAAAUUUAUAGUGUCAAUAUAUUAUUAUGAUCUUAUCUUAUAAAGACUGUGUUUAACUCUAAUCUACGUACAAAAUAAUAUGACUUUCAAUUUUAAUUGUGUUACAUUAUAAACAGUCUGAAUAUUAU